AAAGAUUCUGGUGGGGGGGGGGAUUGAGCGAGGGAGGGUAUGUUUUUUAGUUUAGGGUAUCAAUGGUAUCACACACAAUGCCCAAUGUUCCUCGUCCUCCUCCCAUUUGGUGCAUCCCUUGGCCCUUGCAUCCGCCUCCCUUUCAGUUUUAUUUUAGUUUUCCACCAGUUUCGGUUUCAGUUUUCGUUUCCUUUUCCAUCAGGCGAUACUGCGGCAACGUGGCCAACCAAACGCAGUUUACUAGUGGCAACGCAGCAAUACGGUUAUCACCAUGUGAUUUUGUUUACAAAAUAUACAAUCACAACAACAACACAAGGGACACUAAUUUCCGGUUUUACUUUUCAUCGUGAAGUUUAAUUAAAAGUUCGUUAUAGUUAUAAUCAUUAUAUUAUGGCUAAAACAUUAACCAUUUCUAACGCCACUGAUGCUCUGGAAUUAAUCGACGCAUUAAUAGCGGCUAAAGACAAUGGCCAAAUUAUCACUCGCGCUUGCUACGCGAAAGCCAUAGGGAACCUUAGUAUGGUUUCAUAUGGAUUGUGUAGCCUUCCAGAAUUCGACCCCUUUAGUGAUUGCGAUGAUUUUUUGUACGAAGAUCCUCUGCGGAAGGAUAGUAACUUCAAGUUUCGAUUGAAAUUCAACGAUUCCAGCGGAACACUAGGAAAUGACACUGCGAUAUUACUUCAGUAUAUGGACGACAAAACUAACGUACCGAUGAAUGAGGCUACUUAUGGAGUAAAUGAAAAUGAUAUACCUAUUCAUCUGAAAUGUGAAACAACUGCUCGCUCCCAAGUAACUCAUAUGCAAGCUCUGAUAUCCAUCAAAGCUCUUUCGAAUAAAAUUAGCGUAAAAGCCGGCCGUUUUUAUAUGAAAAGCCAGCGUGGUUCGAAAUUCAGUAGUCGUCGAUCAUCUACGUCCAGUUCCAGUAGUCAUCGAUCAUCUACAUCCAGUACAUCGACAGAAAGCUCAUGUGACAACAAUGCCUUACUAGAGAGAUAUUUAUUAGAGCAGAGUGGUGAUUUAGGUCGCUCCUGAGACAUCACCUUGUAAUAAUUUGCGUCGAGCUGAUGGCUCUGGUGGUCGCAUUAGUCAUUAAAGAUAUUUUAAUCCACUUGCCUCUACCAUUCGACCAUCGUGCCUAGGAAAUGAAAACUAGAAAGCACAAAAGGAGGUGGAAAAGAGUCAAACACAAAUCAUGGCGAAUGAAAAUGUAUUAUUUUUUCGCUAUGAGGAUAAAGUAUAUAUUUCUCACGAUUACAUACGUGCCUGGUACGAAAAUAAAGGUGAACAAAAUACGAGUAAUUAGGCUAAUGUAUGUACCUCUUAACUUUUAACGUGUUAAAAUAUUUCUAAAAUUUGAAGUACAUAUUACACUAUUUCAUAAAUAAAAAUCAGUAAGGUUCUAACUGUUUAAAAUCGAUAAAAUCUAAUCUAUCUUUGUUGCAGUACCAACGUCCUUUUUCUUUUUUCACUUCUAAAAUAUCGCACUGUGGUUCGCUUUGUAAAUCUUUCAAUAUCCAAACAUCAGAAUUUCCAAUGCCUCGG